UCCAACAGCUUGAUUACCAGUUUUCAAAGAUUUUUUUGGUGAAUGUUGCUCCCUGAUCAUUUAUAUUCUGGAUUUACACACUUAGAAUUUAGUCCAUAAUAAUGAGUCCCAAUUUAGAGCAGCAACUGCCACGUGACGACCCAUCCCAUGAACUUGAUUCUAUAUAUGAUUUCACUACGCAAAAUUUAACACCAGUUUCUGAAUUCAGUGGAUCGAAUUCGUUGUCCGAUGAUUACAGCUCACCACUUUCUGAAUCAUCUCACCAUGAUAUAAUUACGCAAUACACGUCGGAGGAAUUCGAAGACUACAGAAGUCACGUACCUUGGGAAUUCAACCUCAGGGAGCUAUUGGUAAGAGUUGCUGGCACUGACAACUUGGAAUCUGUCACGCAAAUAAAACUGAGAGUGAUAAGCAGGGACGUAUCACUCCAGCAACUAAGUACUUAUCUGCCUUUUGUACGAGAACUUAAUCUAGAUGGAAGUGUUGUUUCUUCUUUUAGAGAUUUGGGAUGUGGGCUUAAGAACCUAAAAAUUUUAAAAGUUAACAGAUGCCAAUUGACUUGUAUCGAUUCAAUGUCGGGUUUUGAAAAUCUAGAAGAGUUUUACAUUGCCGACAACGAAGUGUCUGAUCUAACUCCUUGUGCUUUUCUGACAUCUUUAAAAGUUAUUGAUGUUCGCAGAAACGCGUUAAAGAAUUUCGGCAGCCUGAGCUUCCUUAAGCUCUGCCCGCAUCUGGAACAUCUGUACGUGGCUGGAAAUGCUGGCUGCGAUAUAUUUCCGGGGUACAGGCAGGUAAUAGGAAGAUUCCUGCCCAAUCUAAAAAUGCUUGACGAGGCGACCUUGGAACAAGAUAUUGGAAACGAAAACCUUAUCCCUUUACAAGGCGGUAUAAGAAGCGAAGAAGAUGAAAGGGUCGAACACUUGCAGGCAUUCACGCCGCGCCAGGGGCAAGCGAAUUUGCCCAGAACGAGGCAAUUUCCUGCCGAAGCAUCUACCGGAUUUGUCGUUCGAUUUCCACCGAGAGUAUUCGGCGAAAGAGCGAAUAAAUCCAUAUAAUACAAGGCAAAUUGGAGGCAGAUUUUUGGAAAAGACAUAUACUUGCUAUUGAAUAUGACUGCAAGAUCUCGUCGAAUUAAAGGGGAUUUCAAACCACGCCAGUUUAUAAGUCUGUAGAUCCCAAGA